GAGCUGCGAUUGUUGAGGAGAUACGACCGUGACAAAUUAGGGAUACCGGCUGGCAAAUGACUGUCUGCAAACGCUUGGACAUCCAUGCUUACCCCAGAAGACAUGUCUCCAAAGGUCUCUUCACAAUCUCCAAGUCAAAAACAGACUAUGGGAGGUGCACAGUACUACAUAGAGCCAUGGCUGCAUGGAACUCUAAUUCCACAUCAGUGUGAUCCACAGGUAGAUACCAUGAACUACGUGGGCCAGCUGGCAGGCCAGGUGCUUGUGACUGUGAAGGAGCUGUAUAAGGGCAUCAACCAGGCCACGCUUUCCGGCUGCAUCGACGUGGUGGUGGUCAGACAGCCUGACGGGACCUUCCACUGCUCCCCCUUCCAUGUACGCUUUGGGAAACUUGGCGUGCUGCGCUCCAAGGAGAAAGUGAUUGACAUUGAGAUCAAUGGAGAACCAGUGGAGCUGCACAUGAAGCUGGGGGACAACGGAGAGGCCUUCUUUGUUCAGGAAACGGAGCAGCAUAAUGAGAUCGUCCCUGCCCACCUUGUGACUUCGCCCAUCCCGACAGAGGAGGCUCUUUGGAGGGGCAGAGAGUCUAGAGCUGGAGGGUCGGGUCUGGAGGGUGGGCUGCAGCCCCCUCAGGGGUGCUCAGAGGACCCAGCCUCCUCCUCUGCCACCCUCCUCCCCCCCAGCACCACAGCAGGGAAAAAGAAGAAGAGACGCAGGAGGAAGCACAAAGCAGAUCCCCGGAAGGAGGAGCAACAGACCCCUACUGCUUGUGGGGAGGAGGUCUGUGAGCUGAGCUCAGACGAUGAGCACGGUGGCACACACAACAACAGCAGGGCCUCUUCGUUCUCCACAGUGAAGGACACAGUGGAAAACAGGCAGCACCCCACCCUCCACUCUCUGGACAGAUAUCCUUUCUCUGAUGGAGACUGGUCUACCGGCGGCAGCCUCAGCAGAUCAUCAAGAUCCCUGUCCGAGCCCAUGUCUCCAAAGAGCGACUCUGAGCUGAUGGUGAAGUCAUCAGAGAGCAUGCUCAGAGCAGAGUCACACAUGCAGUGGUCUUGGGGAGAGUUCCCAGAAUCCACCAGGGUCUGUAAGAAAGAGCGCUCGGAGCUGACUAAGACGGUUACUAUAACUCCAUCAGAGAGCACCCACUUCAGGGUCAUCUUCAGCUCUGAGGCCAUGGGGGUGGAGGCAGGGGGCAUCCACAACACUCUGGACCCUGUGUGUGGACCUGCCAUCGUCAAACCAGAACCCCGGACUCCCAAACAAAGUGCCCUCCAUAGCUCCAAACACCACCCACCUGACUCUCUAUCUGAAACCCAUUGUCCCCCCCAACCUGAACCGUGUCCCCUCAAACUAGAGCCAGGUGCUCUCACAGCAGAGUCCUAUCCCACCCUCGCCCCCCUUCUGCCCAAGCCUGAGCGUAGGGCUCGUUGGACCUCUACUCCCCCCAGUAUGCUUGGUUCCAGCCGGAGGGACAGUGGCUCUGCUGCCUGUGGGGCCAGCCGCAUGGCUGGGGACCUGGGGCCCAUUGGCUCCAAGACUGACUCCCCGUCCAAGAGGAGAGGUGUGAGAAAGAGGAGUCAACACCAGGGUCCUGAGGAUAUUUACCUGGAUGACCUGAACGCUAUGGAGCCUGAUAUUGUUGCACGCUACUUAGGUCCCAAGAGUGAGUCCGAGGCGGUCCCUAAGCACUGGGUAGAGGUGGGCCGGCGCGAUGGGUCCCAGUCUCCCCAGUCUGUGGGCAGUGCAGCGGCCGACAGCGGGACCGAUUGUCUGUCUGACUCUGCUGGGGAUCUACCAGAUGUCACCCUGUCUCUCUGUGGAGGAGUCGGAGAGAACUCUGAAAUCUCCAAAGAGAAAUUCAUGGAGCACAUCAUCACAUAUCACGAAUUUGCUGAAAAUCCAGCAAUUAUAGACAAUCCCAAUUUGGUGGUUAGAAUUUCAAACCGAUAUUACAACUGGACAUUGGCAGCUCCGCUGAUACUGAGUAUGCAAGCUUUCCAGAAGAACCUGCCCAAGGCCACAGAAGAGGCGUGGGUGAAGGAGAAGAUGCCUAAGAAGUCUGGCCGCUGGUGGUUCUGGAGGAAGAGCAGCGUCAAACAGUCUUCAGAGGCCAAGCUGGACAGACAGGAGUCCCUGUCAGAGACACACAGAGACACAGAGAGCCCUGUCCUUGAUCAACAAAGUCCAGCAGUCCCACAGCAGAAAGUAGCAGAAGACUCCUCCAGUGAUGAAGAAUCUAAAGAGCUGAAUGCACUGGCACCUACUGAGCGUGUGCAGACAGAGAUUUCAGCACCAACCGGAUCACACUCCUACAAGAAGUCUCUCCGCCUCUCAACUGACCAGAUAGUGAGUUUGAAACUGCGGGAGGGGCCUAAUGACGUCACCUUCAGCAUCACCACUCAGUACCAGGGCACGUGUCGCUGCGAGGGCACCAUUUACCUGUGGAACUGGGAUGACAAAGUCAUUAUCUCCGACAUCGACGGCACCAUCACCAAGUCAGAUGUGUUUGGCCAAAUCCUCCCUCAGCUUGGAAAAGACUGGACUCAUCAAGGCAUCGCUAAGCUCUACCACUCAGUGCAUGAGAAUGGCUACAAGUUCCUGUACUGUUCGGCGCGGGCCAUCGGCAUGGCCGACAUGACCAGAGGGUACCUGCACUGGGUGAACGACCGGGGUACCAUCCUGCCUCAAGGACCCCUCAUGCUCUCCCCUAGCAGCCUCUUCUCUGCCUUUCAUAGGGAGGUAAUUGAAAAGAAGCCAGAGAAGUUCAAGAUUGAAUGCCUCACAGACAUCAAGAACCUCUUCUACCCAAACACACAUCCCUUCUAUGCAGCCUUUGGAAACCGAACAAAUGAUGUGUUUGCCUAUAAGCAAGUGGGUGUCCCUGUGUGUCGGAUAUUCACAGUCAAUCCCAAAGGAGAGCUCAUCCUAGAGCAAUCAAAAGGCAAUAAAACAUCGUACGGCCGACUGAGUGAACUGGUAGAGCACGUUUUUCCUUUACGCAGUAAGGAGCAGAGCGCCACCUUCAGUUUCCCAGAAUUCAGUUCUUUCUGCUUCUGGAGACAGCCAAUCGAUGAAGUCUGUCUUGAGGAGCUGCUCUGAGACAACCAAUCGCUGAAGUCUGUCUUCAGGAGCUGCCCUGAUUCUGAUUGGGCAAUUCCCACAGCUGUGGUAUUAUUUUCAUGUAUUAAGGUAGUAUUAAGGUAGUAAUACAGACACUUUGGUACGUAGAUAAACUUUGUUUUUUGGAUGAAAAAAAAAAAUCACUUGAAAUCAACCUCAAAUCGGCAUAGGCAAUAUUGUGUGUUGCGUAAUAAUUUCAUGGCUCUUUCCGUGAUUGCUUGCACUUCCUUAAUAUCAGCUUUGAGGACUGUAUACUAUGCGUCUACUGACGCUGAUGCUUACUCAAUUGUUUAGUGCUCCCCAGGUACAAAGCACUCAUUGUGAAAAUAUCAAUAAGAACUGCCUCACAUAAUACACGUAGGCAUACAUUCUAACAGACUGUACAGCCUUACAUUGUGAAGAGAAAGAAGGCCAGCUUAGUUGUAAGGUUAGUCGAUUAUUUGGCUUGAGUGUUAAUGCUGACUUUUCACUUCUCAUUUGGUUCAGUCUGCUUAUAAUUAUAACAGUUAUGUUGUUGCAAUAUGGUUAGAUGUUAAUUUGGAGAAUCACGCUGCUUGGAAAGGCCUUAACUUAUACAGUGCAUGCUAAGCUUUAACUGAGAUUGUUCUCUGAGCUGCCAGUGGAACUGGCACAAGUCUUAAUUGGUAGAGAUGUAAUAUAUCUGAGCUGGCUCAAUGUUUAAGACAUACGGACAGGUAGCUGUAGUCAGGUUAAAGGUGAAGGAAGCACUUUCUAAAUUGUAGAUGUUGCUCACACACACACAGCACGGGAGAUUUUGGAUGGAGACGGACUAAUUUGCACUGAAAGCACAAUUACAGUAUUAUGUUGAAACUUUUAGCCAACAUUUUAUGUUUUACCUUUACAAUGUUUAUGAAAUGAAUUCUUCUUCAUUGGAUAUUUUUCUGUUAUAGCUUGGGUUAGUCUUGUAUAUUUGGAACUAAUAUUUAGGUUUAGUUUGGCAUCCUCGUUUGGCUGUUGUAUGUGAUGGUGUUGCAGAGUUCCUCGGUAAAGAUGUCAUUCUUUCUAUGAAAGAGCUAUUGUGUGUGUGGAAGACUUAUACACAUCCUAUAACGCUCUGGUAUUUGUAGUUCUUUUCAGCAGCUGCUUGGAUCGUGAUCAGUGUAUCUGUUAAGAGAUUCAUUUCCCAGUUCUCACUCUUUCCAAUCUCAAAAUGCCUUUUUGCGUGUGUCACCGUGUACAUUGAAGUGUGUGUUUUGGGAUACGAAUGGUUACCACAAUAAUAAAUACAUUCGAAGAUUC